CUGGGGUUGUUCUGAACAUAACUGUCACAACUCAGUUUCGAGGUAUCUCUCGAAGUAUCAGUUUGGUGAAAAUUAUUGCGUAAGACGUCAAGAGAAAAUAUUCUGCCUUCAUGACUGUUUCCGGAUCUGUUAACCGCAAGCAAGUCGCGUUGCAACAAAACGAGAAUUUGAACACUUCAUCAUCCGAAAUGGUGUCUAAGGAGAUGAAGGAUUUAAAAGAUAGCAUAGCCAUACGUUUUCUUUUGAAGAGAACGAAGAGGUUCGAUCAUUGGAAAGAACAGAAAGCACAGAAGAAGGCUCAACGAGCCAGAUUGACUUUAGCCACUGACACAGCGGCGGAGUGUUUGAAAUACUUGGGUUUGACGCAAAAAAAUAUGAAAAAACGUGAACGACCGGAACAAAGACAGGAAGACCGAUCAAGUUUCCAAUUUCCAAAGCCGAUGGUGUAUGAGUGCGAAUUUUGUACGAAAGUUUUCUUUCACAAAAUUCCUUACAGAAGACAUAUGAUCCGUCAUAUGAAAAAGCAAUUUCUGUGCAUGAAGUGCAAUCAAGGAUUCAGUUCCAAGCUAGCAAAAAGGAGACACAAUCUAAGCUGUCGAUAA